GCCUGAUCUCGCCGUCUCGGACAAGAAAAAACACGUCGGAGAGAAUUUCGACUUCGAUUUUGAUCUCUCCGAUGAUCUCAAAGGAAUCAUGACUGCGCUGCAACACAUAAGAGAGAGAGCUCAGAUGGACGAUCAGAAGAAGAACGAAGAGACAAUAAGCAGCGUGGCAGCUGAAAUCAAGUCUAUGAUUGAGGAACUGAAGUCCAAAUUUGAGAAGGAUAGACAAAGUUUUGCUAAGGCACUUUCAAAGAGUUCCAAAGACUGUGAGAAUUCCUUGAAGAAUGAAACUGUGAAGUUCCAAUCACUAUACGAGAAAUUUUCCAAGGAGAAGGCUGCCCAUCUACAGGCCUUGAAAGAUAUAUUCUCUAAAUUUGAGGAAGAGAAGGAAAAGCUGUUCUUGAGAUACGAACAACUGAGAAAGAAGGAAAGAAAUAUGAUAUCUCAACAAGAAAAGGCCUGUAAUGAUAAAAUUGCCAAACUGGAGGAGUCCUUAAAAAAGAAGAAACAGGAUGACAAAACUUUCAGCAUUUUGAGGAAAACUCUGGGUUCGUUUUUGGAUAGUGCCUCAGAUGAGGAUUUUCCGCCUGAUGAUUGAAACUGCCAGCCCAUGACUCUGUUCGUUUCGCUUGGAUAUGUAAUUAAAGAUGAACUUUAUAUCGAAUCAUUUUUCUU